CGCGAAACGUGGCGUUGGUAGCAAGCAGCAGAGCAGGUGGCACUGUGUUUCGUGUCUAAGGCAGAGCAGGCGUGCGUGUAUACAGCAGAAUCAUCGUCAAUGGAACGCGCUACCGAGGCCGAGGAGACGGCGGGCUGGGACCUGGGCCCCCUGCUGGACGCCGGGGAGUGCGCCGUCGUGACCCUGGCGGCGGGGGAGGCGCGGGUGGCGGCGCACAGGGCCGUUCUGGCAGCGAGGAGUCCAGUGUUCGCCGCCCUGGUCCACCAGGACACGCUGGAGGUCAGCGGCGGCCACAUCGACCUCACAGACGUCGAGGGCCCGGUGCUGCGCCAGCUAGUCUCGUACUGCUACACCCUUCGGGCUCCACAGCGGCCGAGCGUGGCCCCACAACUUCUGGCAGCUGCAAAGAAAUACGGCGUCUCUGGGUUGAAAGUGGAGUGUGAGCGAACUCUAGAAUCAUCCUCAAUGGGACGCGUUCCGGAGGCCGAGGAGAUGGCGGGCUUGGAGCUGGGCCCCCUGCUGGACGCCGGGGAGUGCGCCAUGGUGACCCUGGCGGCGGGGGAGGCGCGGUUGGCGGCGCACAGGGCCGUCCUGGCAGCGAGGAGUCCAGUGUUUGCCGCCAUGGUCCACCAGGACACGCUGGAGGUCAGCGGCGGCCACAUCACCCUCACAGACGUCGAGGGCCCGGCGCUGCGCCAGCUGGUCUCGUACUGCUACACCCUUCGGGCUCCACAGCGGCCGAGCGUGGUCCCACAACUUCUGGCAGCUGCAGACAAAUACGACAUUUCGGGGUUGAAGGCAGUGUGCGAGCAGCAGCUAGGCGCUCAGCUAUCAGUGGAGACCGCAGCGGCUACAGCUGUGCUCGCCGUGAGACACUCCUGUCCUAGCCUCACAGCGGCCGCCCUCGCCUUCAUAAAGGCCAACCACAAAGUGCUGGCCACACAGGGUUGGUCCGAUGCAGUGCUCCACCAGCCCGAUGACGCAGUCGAAGUGAGUCGGCUGCUCGGUGAGAUGGCACAAUUCAGGAACUUGUCUGCAGAAGAGAAAGCCAAAAGGUUGAUUCGAGCAGCUCAGGAGGGUACAGUGGAGGAGCUGCAGGAACUGCUGGCUGUGGGGGCGGAUGUGGAGGCGAGGGACAAGAAUGUGUUGAGGCACACUGCUCUGCACUAUGCAGCUGCCAAAGGACAUGUGGAGGUGGUGAAGUGCCUGUUGGAGGGUGGAGCAGAGGUGGACUCCAGAGACACAUGGCAGGAGACACCUCUGCACAAGGCUGCAUACAAUGGCCAUACAGCUGUGGUGCAGUUGCUCGUGGCGUCCAGUGCUGACCCAAAUGCCAGCAAUUGUUGUGGGUGUAUGCCGCUGCACUUUGCAGCAGAUCGUGGCCACACAGAGACCACAGCUGCACUGCUAGAAGCGGGAGCCGACAGGCUGGCGAGCGAUAAGGAUGGGAACACUCCCAAAUACUUCGCUGAGCGUAAAAACCGCCAUCAACUUGUACAGAUGCUAACAUAAAGCUGCUAAUUAUAUAAACAUCUGUGGAUAAAACAAAGCUUUCUACAGGGUAUUGUUUCUUAAGUAAAGACAAAAAAUUACUCCUAUUGUUAUUCAUAUGUACCCAUCAUUACGCAGUACAUGUAACCUCGACACCUAAACAAUUGUAACAAUGGAAAUGCACAUAAUUUAAUAUAAUUAACUUUUCUUUUGAAAAAACAGACUGAAAAAAUCUUUAGAACACCAUUAGGAAACUGAACAAUAGAGAAAUACUACCGAUAAACACCAGUUCUCUGUUUCAAACGAGAGUUUAUACUGCAUAAAAAGUGUUUAAACAACAGAGAGGAGUUCAGCCAUGUGAUGUCUUCGACAACCACCAAUAUUUCAACAGGUAAUCACCCAAACAUUUUCAAGGCAUAAAUGGCGAAAUUUCAAGGGUUAUAAAAGGUGACAUCCAUCUGCAUUCCUGUAAGUUGUUUAAAUCAGUCAUCUACCUCAUUUGAUUUCUGUAAAGUAUUUGGCUAGAACCAUGUAUGUCAAACUAGUGUAAACUACACCAUACCCAGAUAACUGCUAUAUAUGGCGUGUGAUGAAAAUGCAUCUUCAAAUCUAUAUAUAAUGAAUAUAUAAUUUUGUUUAUAGUAUAAAUAUCCACAAGUAUAGACACUGUUUAUCAACAAAUUAUAUGACAUCUGACACACAAAGUUACCUACAUGUUUAGCUCAAGACAUAAUGUUAAACAAAGUAGAAAUUUGUUAUAAACAAGAACACUUAGUACAAUGGUGGUAUGCCAAGACAGCCCACCACACUUACAUGAAAAUAUUAGUCUCUGCAUAAAUAGUUUAUAACAUUAUUUUAUUAUUUACAUGUGGUGGUAUAAAAUUCUUGUAAUGUUGUUGAGUGUGAUUUGACUAAAUCAGUAAUGCAUAUACAUAAAGAAUGAAGUUGUGAACUUUACUAGCAUCCAGCAUUUGUGACUUGUAACAUAAAAAUGAUGUACAAAAGAUAAGGUUCCAGCUAUGUAUAAAAUUAAUCUGUAUAAUAAUGUGAUGAAAAUGCAUCAUAAAGAUGUAUCCUAUUUCUUUAAUAUGAAAUAUUUAAAAAAUCGUAAAUUUAUGAUCAUGGUCCAGGGCUUAAAACGCUGCAUGAGUAAAAUAGCAUUCAGAUGACAAAGUUGUGGAGGAAGAAAGCAGUAGAUGAUUAAAGAAAUUUUGUCAGUGUCUUCAGUCUGGGUGAAAGUUAAGCAGCCAAAGAGUCACUAAUGUUUACAAUUCUGGAGAUGAGGUUUAUUCUAGUAUGAAAAAUUUUGUAGUUCUUUAUCUCAGAAUGUUAUUAGUAGACUGUAUAAACUAGUUAAAUGUAUCCAUUUAGUUUACAUUAGUGAGUUAGUGUACUGGACAGUGACACUGCAUAAGGCAGAUGUUGCCAGUGUAGGAUUUAAUUUUUUGCUAGCACUGCUAUACUAUAAUCAUAUAUAAUACAAACAGUAGCACCUGUGAUAUUGCAAGCUGUGACAUAAUGGCAAUGUGACAUAACCCUUUUCAGAACUUUGAAACUCUACCUGCAGAAUUUUGGGGUAGUCAAGCCAUCUUCAGUGGAAUUUGUUCCAAUGACCCAUUUCUUUCACCGAAAAUAGUUGAAGUGACCAGAAGCAGUAACUGUCAAAAAUGAAACGUAGCGCAUGGAAAAAAUAAAAUUCCUAUGCUCACAUUA